AUGAAGCUCGCCGUCGCCCUGCUCCUGGCCGCGGCCUCGACCGCCCAGGCCGACUACAGCCCGGCCGGUUGCGGCAAUUUCUUAGCGCUCGGCUUCGAUAGUCUAGAUUUUGACCGGUACGAUGAGUACUACAAGGCUGAUUCGACCUUAACGUUGGCUCCGGUGGGCACGUUUCAAGGACCCGACGCUAUCCGGGAGUACGUAAAGUUCCUCAGUCCUUUUUCACCGUUCCUUGAUGAUUUUGUGGAAAAGUACUCCGAAUCCAAUAUCGACCCGUUCCGCUUCAAUGCCGCAACCGGCACGUGCGUGUUCACGCGGGCUUUUCAGAUCGAGUUCAAGUUGUCCGCCCCGGCGUCCCCGGGCCUCGAGGGCGAGGUCGCGAUUUAUUCUUUAGUCCAGUACGAGAUCGAUGGAAACUACGUCUCCAACGUCGAGGUCUACCUCCAGCCAGGCUGGUACGACUUUUACUUUGGCUCCGCCUUGAACACCGACGGUGUUCGCAAGUACAUCUGUGACACGAUGCGCGACUCGUGCCCCGCGACUUGGAAAGACAACGGGUACGAUUCGACGGGGCUCGCGACGUGCAUCGACGACCUCGAGAGCCUGCCCAUGUUAGAUCCGCCGCCGUACUUCGACGGCAAGGGCCAGGCGUGCCGUAUACUCCACGCCGACUUCGCGGCCGAAAACCCCGCUCACUGCGCGCACAUCUCAUUCAAGCCGGCGGAGGACCCCAAGGGCAACAUCGUGUGCCAGGAAUCGGCUCUGAAUCCUGUUUUGAUGGGCAGCCCUGGCUCGCCUUUCACGAUGCAGGACAAGGCGACGUUCGACAAAUUCAUGAGCGACCGCGGGAUCCCGGAAGCUGGCUACAAGCUGGAUCCGACGGUCCCGUGCGGUUCAACCGAGGACUGCCCCGUGGGCCUGGUGUGCGAUUACUCUGGCGGCCGCCGCCUCCGCUUCGGCACCGCCAAGACGGGCUUCUGCGUGCUCGCCGAGUAG